UCCAUUGGCAGGUUCGUGGUUGCAGUAAUGCUCCACGCCACUGAGCGGCCGGCCGGCGCUGUUUCCCCGGCUCCCGGCAUGUGGUCCGCCCACCUCCGGCCGCAAGGAGGUUAGGUUGUCAAUCAUUGGGCGGGAACAUCCAGUGGCAAGUUGGGUUGGCCGGGAGGUUGUCAGGGGCGUUACUAAGCGGGGCCUAAAUGCCCAGUGAAGGCGGCAACCAACAUGGAGGCUGCAGAGAGUGAGGGCAACUUCACAACCCGAACCAUCUCGUCUGGGGAAUUAAUCAUGAGAUGAAGAGGAGUUUCACAGAGCUUGCAGGGAGAAAUCUUGCCUAAGGAAAUUACCACUUAGGCUCCACCUAUGCAAGCCUGUGGUUGCACUGAAAUACCACGUGUGCUCAAGACCUGGACUGUGCUCCAAGGGCAGAUCGUAAACUCAGCAAAUCACUGGAAUAGCGAUGAUACCAAAGCUGGUAUUAGUACUAUGGGAAGUUUAGUUAUCUCUCUCUCUCUUGCUGUCUCGCUUUCACUCUCCCUCUUUUUUUAAACUAUGACUAAUAUCCGUGAUGAAAGGUCAACCAGGUUGUCAUGACAACCCCCACCUCUUUUCAGGGGGAUCACUCGGCUCCUAAAUUCUUUGUUGGAUGCGAGGAGGAUGAAAUUGACGACCUGGAAUCAAACAUGAAGGCAGAAAACCGUGACGUUUACGAUGAUGAAAAUGAUUCUGACUCGCCUCCUGAGCGACAAAUCCUGGUGGGGAUUUGUGCGAUGGCGAAGAAGUCGAAGUCGAAACCAAUGACUCAGAUCCUGGAACGUCUGUGUAAAUUUGAGUUUAUCGGUGUUGUCAUUUUUAAUGAGGACGUUGUUCUAAAUGAGCCUGUGGAGAACUGGCCAGUAUGCGACUGUUUGAUCUCCUUCCAUUCCAAAGGUUUUCCACUGGAUAAGGCAGUGGCUUAUGCAAAACUCCGGAAUCCCGUUCUUAUUAAUGACUUGAAUAUGCAAUAUUAUAUACAAGACAGGAGAGAAGUCUAUCGAAUUUUGCAGGAAGAAGGAAUAGAUCUUCCUCGUUAUGCAGUGUUAAAUCGUGAUCCGGCCCGACCUGAUGAGUGUAGCCUGGUGGAAGGAGAUGAUCACGUCGAAGUGAACGGAGAAAUCUUCCAGAAGCCUUUUGUUGAGAAACCUGUGAGUGCAGAAGACCACAAUGUGUACAUUUACUACCCUGUGUCGGCAGGGGGAGGGAGCCAGAGGCUGUUCCGCAAGAUUGGAAGCCGGAGCAGCGUCUACUCUCCUGAAAGUACCGUGCGUAAGACUGGUUCAUACAUCUACGAAGAGUUCAUGCCAACAGAUGGAACAGAUGUAAAGGUAUACACUGUCGGUCCGGACUAUGCUCAUGCUGAGGCUCGCAAAUCGCCAGCCCUCGAUGGAAAAGUGGAACGUGACAGUGAGGGCAAAGAGAUUCGUUACCCUGUGAUGUUAACAGCCAUGGAAAAGCUAGUCGCCAGGAAAGUCUGUGUAGCUUUUAAGCAAACUGUCUGUGGUUUUGAUCUGUUGCGGGCCAAUGGGCAUUCCUAUGUUUGCGACGUCAAUGGAUUCAGCUUUGUGAAAAAUUCGAUGAAAUAUUAUGACGACUGCGCAAAAAUCCUUGGUAACAUAAUUAUGCGGGAGCUUGCCCCACAACUGCAGAUACCAUGGUCCAUACCCACAGAGGCCGAAGAUAUUCCCAUUGUUCCAACUACCUCGGGAACCAUGAUGGAGCUACGCUGUGUAAUAGCAAUCAUUCGCCAUGGAGACCGAACUCCCAAACAGAAGAUGAAGAUGGAAGUCAUGCACCCAAAGUUCUUUGACUUGUUUGCGAAAUAUGAUGGAUACAAGACUGGAAAGCUGAAACUUAAGAAACCGAAACAACUUCAGGAAGUUCUAGACAUUAGUCGUGAACUUUUAGCUGAACUCUUGCAACAUAAUGACUGUGAAAUUGAGGAGAAGAAAUCCAAGUUGGAACAGCUGAAGACUGUGCUGGAAAUGUAUGGCCAUUUCUCUGGGAUAAACAGGAAAGUACAAAUAACAUAUUUGCCACACGGACAGCCCAAGACAUCCAGUGAAGAGGAAGAUUCGAGGAGGGAGGACCCAUCCUUGCUUCUGGUGCUGAAAUGGGGUGGUGAGCUGACACCCGCAGGGAGGGUGCAAGCUGAAGAGCUUGGAAGAGCGUUCAGGUGCAUGUAUCCUGGAGGGCAAGGGGAUUAUGCUGGCUUUCCUGGUUGCGGUCUCCUUCGUCUGCACAGCACGUACAGGCACGACUUGAAGAUCUAUGCCUCCGAUGAAGGCAGAGUGCAGAUGACAGCCGCGGCUUUUGCCAAGGGUCUCCUGGCAUUGGAAGGGGAGCUGACUCCAAUUCUGGUGCAGAUGGUGAAAAGUGCCAACAUGAAUGGUCUUCUGGACAGUAACAGCAACUCGCUUAGUUGCUGUCAACACCGCGUCAAAGCCCGGCUUCAUGAGUUCAUGCAGAAGGAUCAGGAGUUCACAGAAGAGGACUACAAAAAGGUAACCGCGUGCCUGCAUCCACUGGGUUGGGGGAGGAUUGGAUGUGAUAAGGUUCUCUAUUGUCUGAUGACUGUCAGAAUCAACCAGCAGUCAUGUGACUUCUGGUCCUGUUACUGGUUUAUAUGUUUUCUGUGUACAGUGUGUCUUCGACGCCCCUAUUAUUCCUUUGUCUGUAGCCGCUCCAUCUUUACGGAGGAAUAUGGCAUUAAUAAGGAAGAAAAGCUGGACAUUGCCUACGGAUACUGCCUUCCACUGAUCAAGAAGAUGCAGCUGGAUUUACAAAGGACGCAUGAAGAUGAAUCUGUCAACAAACUACAUCCACUCUAUUCCAGAGGGGUGAUGUCUCCCGGGCGCCACGUGCGGACACGGUUGUACUUUACGAGUGAGAGCCACGUUCACUCGUUGCUGAGCUUAUUUCGUUACGGAGGUCUUUUGGGAGAGCUAAAGGAUCAGCAGUGGAAAAGAGCCAUGGACUACCUUGGUGCAGUGUCAGAACUGAACUACAUGACUCAGAUUGUCAUCAUGUUGUACGAGGAUAACAAUAAGGACCCUUCCUCUGAAGAACGGUUUCACGUGGAGCUUCACUUCAGUCCAGGGGCUAAAGGCUGUGAUGAGGAUGAAAACGCUCCCACAGGGUCUGGCUUCCGUCCGGCAUCUGCUGAGAAUGAAGGUGGCUCCAAGACCGAUCAGGGCAGCAUGGAAGACCUUUCAGAGAAUCGAGAGAAUGAUGAUGUGGAUGGAUUUCUUCAGGCAUUGCCAGCCGAGUCUUUUCACACCCACAGGAAGUCUGCCCUGACCAAGGCUCGGAAAAUGGGCUCCAUGGAGGUGCUGUCAGAAAGUUCCCCUAAGUACACUGGAUACCGGCUCUUGGUUCCACCAUAUUCCAAGCAGAUCUCUGACGUGAAGCAGAGCGGACUAGGUUCCCAAUGUGCUGGUUUGUUCAGUACCACAGUACUUGGAGGCUCUUCCAGUGCCCCCAACCUCCAAGACUACGCCCGCUCGCACCGCAGAAAAAGUGGCUCCAGUUACUUUUCUCUGAAGGAUGAAAUGUUGUCUAUGCCAGCCGUUAAAAGAUUUUCUGUCUCGUUUGCAAAGCAUCCGACUAAUGAUAUGUCGGAUAAUCGCUGUGUGGCUCAGUUGCUGAGGCGCCUUUCUGCAGACUACAGUUUCGCCCAGAGUCUAGCCCUUGACUGCGCCUUGGCUCGGCACCUCCAGCAGUGCUCCUACCAUAACCGUCUCUUCAAGAACUGGCUGAUGUCGGAGCAGGAUGAUAUCGACUUCCUCUACGGUUUUGAAGGAUGCUCCAUGGUUCCUUCCAUCUACCCUCUUGAAACGCUCCAUAAUUCACUCUCUCUGAAGCAGGUGAACGAGUUCCUAUCAUCCAUCUCCGAAAUUUGUGGAAAAUCCCACGACAGAGCGACAAAAGAGCUUUCAGCCAUGUUUGAGACCAUGGGAAAUAGCCAGGCUGCGGUGGAUUCAUACAUGCCACAACAGGUCCUGCCCUCCUCAGUUACCUCACUCUCCAUACGUCCUCGCUCGGAGAAGCCUCCUUGGUACAGCAGCGGGCCUUCGAGCACCGUGUCGAGCGCUGGCCCGUCCUCGCCCAAUACCUCGGACAACUCGCCCCGCUUUAGCUUCAGUGACAAGUCGUCGCUCACUCCGCAGAGCAGCGAGGAGCAGCAGCAGCAGUCCGCCCAACUAGCAGCUCCAAGCCACAGUCACAAGGAUCUACAGCUGACCGGACAGGCACAGCAAGCCGCCCAAAGUCAACAGCCGUACCAGAAUCACAGCAGCCCACAGGCAUCGGCCAGCGUGACUGCGCAGGGGCAGCAGGCAGUGGAAGGUUUGGUGGAAACCUAACCAGUGGCUUGCACCGUUGCAUCACACCACAAGCCGUGAGGCGUUCUCUUGAACUUCAGUUGUUAAAAUGACUGAUGCUGUACAGUUUAUACAUCCAGAGAACAUCUGGGGACAGUCCCAGACUGGCAUUAUUGCAGUACUGUAAAAGUUAGGAGCUAAACACCCCCAUUUUUGGAAGGUGAUCUGGAAUCACCUUGCACCUUUAUACACCAGAAGUGAUUGAUCAAGUGGGGGUACAGUACCCCCAAAAAUGUAAUGGAUGGUGUGUUAUUAUCUUGUACGUGUCUCACCCCUAUAACUGUGUACAGAAAACCUGCUGCUUCUUUGUCCAUGCAGUUUGUAAAUUUUAAAAGGUUAUUUAAUGAUGGUAUUUUGUAAAUAUAGAAAUAUAAUUCUGGUGGACAUGGCUGAGAUUUUAGAUUCCAAUCUUCUCCUCUGCCCCACAUCUUUGCGACAUUACAAUUGUUAGUGAAGCAGAGAGGAAAUGUGAUCUUUUCCCUAGUUUUUUGCGUUCCUAUUCAGAUGUGAUUUAUAAAGGGUGUAAAACAUCCCUGAUGUAUGUGAUCUCAUGUGAGCUUUUGCCCAUGUUUGGUCUCACCUCGAAUAAUCUCGGCCAAGCAGAGGUUGGGGGAAUUUCUUUUAUGAUGGAGUGCCCAAGGCGAAGGAAACAAAGCUCUUGAGAAAGUGGUGAUGAGGUCUCUUUUGGAACUGUUGCAAUUGAUUCAGUAAAGGUGCUUCUGCAUUGUCAUUGGGGAGGUUCCACCUGGAUGUGGACUCUGACAGAGGGAACUGUGAUAUGUUUGUUAGUCAGGACGGCAUGGCUUAUAGAAUGGACUCCCAAAAGUCUUUGGCUGUAGAGGUUCAGCUUCAGUGGCCCUAGGCUGGGGAAGCAGGAUAUUAUUAAGCUAAAGACUCUUUUCCUUGAACAAAGAAGACGCUGCACUUGUCAGAAAGACUCCAGUAGCUGUCUCCGAGGUGGACUGGCCACUGGAGAGUUUCCAUGGAAGAAGAGCAGAAGAUCAGGCAGUGCCUGUGGACAGCCAACAUUUCUGCAAGACCAUUUUGCUCCAAGAUCUGCAGCCUCUUGUGUCUCCAUCUUGCUUUUGAACACAUUGCACGAGGCAGUGAAUUAACUGUUCCAAAGAAGCUGCAUCUUUGAAAUAUAUUGGAGAAGCCAAUGUACUUUAUGUUUAAAACGUGGUAUCCAUAUCUUAAUGUGAGUUGUGUGCUAGUUGUAGGGGAGAUAUAAAUAUUUUUAAGUGCCUCAUCUGUUGGUAUGAGUUUUGUUUUGGUUAGCAGAACAUAAAGGAACUAUGACUCUUUUUCAGUGCAACCAGGGACCUAUGCCUGUUGUUCUUAGACUUCCAACAUCAGUAAAAUAUAAUUUGGUUAUCAUCAUCAUGAUAUUUGUCACCUUAUCAUGCAUUAAUUUUGAUUUGAAAGUGCUCUAUCCAGAGGUCCUGGAAUGCAUUAUGUAAACGUCUGUCUUUCUAGGCGAGAAAAUUUGGCCAGGGUUAUGUAUCCCGGUUGUGUGUGUGAGUGUGUGUGUACAUGUGGGUACACACCCAGGCAGGACAGGUGUUUAUCCCAGUUAAACAGUCAGCUGAAGCUCCCUGGAUUGUCACGAUAGUCCUAAUGUAGAGGCGUCUACUAAUCUCCAUGCUCAUAAGACUACUCAUUAUCCGAGGUGAAUCCUCCUCCUGGACUCUCCGGCCUCUUGGCAUCGACUCAAAGCAUCGCAGUUCAAGUGGACACCCAGUAGAACCUUCCAAUGCAGCCCAUUAUGCUCACUGAGACUGCGUUACCAAUGUUACCACCGCAGUAGCUCAGUGGAUUUCUUUUUAUCACUAAAAUCUCACUGCUGUAAGUUCUCCCUCGGGCAAACACGAUACUGCAAGCUCAUCGGUCUCAGUGUUCUGCCUUUGAGAGUCGAGGCUGAGUUUUUGUCAUAAACAUGUCAAAAAAUUACUGACUGAUGGAAUUCUUAGAGGAUAGUUUCCCAAUGCUGAUUUCUUUUUUUUUAAAUGGCAUAUAUCUUGAUACAUGUCCGCAACAAACUUGGGUCAGGUCUGCAAUGACUUAAAUAAUCUCAUGGGGGAUAGUUAUUAGGGAGGAAGAAGUUGCACAUAACACUUCUAGACUAGAGUAUACUCUCCUCUCAUUGCCACAGAAAGCUUGUUUGUAAGGAGAAGGAACUGCAGAUGUUGGUUUACCAAAAAAAAGAUGUUAAGUGCUGGAGUAACUAAGACGAGAACAUAAAUAGGUGACGGUUCGGGUCAGGACCGUUCUUCAGUCCGAAGAAGGGUCCUGACCUGAAACGUCACCUAUCCAUUCAUGUUCUCCAGAGAUGCUGUCUAGCCUGUGUUACUCCAGCUCUAUUUGUAAACGGAGUGUAUGAUGGUGAACUCCCUUGUUAUGACCCUAUGGUGCACGGUAUAGAUUCAACGUGGAGGUGCAGGCUCUUCAAUUGGGGUUUGGUUUUGAAUCAUAUUCUAAUUCAAAAUGCAACCAAAGGCUACUGUCUCACCGCACCAGUGACCCGGAGUUCGUUCCUUUCAUCGGGUCGAGUCUGUGUGGUGUUUGUACGUUCUCCCGGUGACUGUGUAGGUUUCCUCACACAUUCCCAAAGCUUGUGGGUCUCUGUAGGUUCAUCGGCCUCUGUAAAUUGCCUCUAGUAUGUAGGGAGUGGAAGCAAACGUGGGAUAACUAGUGUGAACGGGUGGUCGGCGGCUGGCGUGGACUCGGUGGGCCGAAGGGCCUGUUUCCAUGCUGUAUCUCGAAACUAGACUAUUAGUGGUUGGCAGUGCAUACGUGUGGUCACCAGGCAGAAUCACUUUUGCUCUUUCACUAAUGCACUUUGUUGCUUCCUGGUGGUGUGUUGAGCUGAUGGGAACUGUGGGCCUGCUUGCAAACUAAUCGGAUAGGUAGCUGUUACAAGAGCAGGAAGCAUAACAACACAAGGUCAAAGAGUUGUGAGGUGCAUAGGUGCUUCCUGCAGCUUAAUUAGUGGAUUUUUUUUAAAUUUUGUUUUCAUUGAAUCGAGCAUUGUACCAAUAUAUAUAUCUUGCGUUUGAAUUAAGUACAGGAAAGUUUGGGUGGCGCAGCGGUAUAGUUGCAGCCAGGGACUCAUGUUUGAUCCUGACUAUGGGCACUGUCUGUAUGGAGUUUGUACGUUCUUCCCGUUACCUGGCUGGGUUUUCUCCAGUUGCUCCGGUUCCCUCCCACACUACAAAGACAUAAAGGUUUGUAGGCUAGACACAAAAUGUUGGAGUAACUCAGCGGGUCAGGCAGCAUCUCUGGAGAGAAGGAAUGGGUGACGUUUCGGGUCGUGACCAUUCUUCAUACUGAUGUCAGGACAGUGGGCGGGACAGAGAUAUAAUGUAGUUGGCAACAGUAAUACUGGUGGGAGAACUGGUGGAGAGAGAGGGAAAACAUGGGCAAUUAUAGAUACAGAGCAAAAGACACAGACACUCCUAUUGCAAGUUGAUAAUGGGGAGGAGAGGUUUGAUGUGAGACUUUCACUGCCAGAGCAGUGCGGGAUUCCAUUCAAAGCAUGGAAGAGGGAGUAAAUAUCAUGAGGAGAAUGCUACCUGUGUGAAGCAUGAUUAAACCUAUGUAUAAUAUGAUUUGACUGGAUUGCACCCAAGCUUGGUUUUUGCACUGUAUUUCGGUAAACCAUUGCCAAAACUAGGGAGAGAUUGACGAUCCUCGCAAGCACAGACCCAGGCAGCAUUGUAGCUACAUGUUGUAAUCCUAAUUCUGAUUCUCACUCUCACUUAAUGAGGGUACAUGACUGUUGCGAUGUACACAGCAGUUGGAGGUGGAGUGAGGCACAAACACUGGCAAAGAGCAAAGGACUGCUCUAAAAAAACAUCACUUAAAAGCUGCCUCUAAGAAAAGGUCUGCUCUAAUCUGUUUAUUGCAACACCUUUUCAAAGGACUUUUAACAGCCCCUGCAAGCAAUAGCAUCUAGAGCCUUUAAAUAGACUGAAAAGUACUGUCAAAAAAAUGCUUUGCCGUGCUUCAAAGGUAUCAAAAAUGCUGGGGAAACUCAGCAGGUGAGGCAGCAUCUAUGGAGCGAAGGAAUAGGUGACGUUUCGGGUCUGAAGAAGGGUCUCGACCCAAAACGUCACCUAUUCCUUUGCUCCAUAGAUGCUGCCUCACCCGCUGAGUUUCUCCAGCAUUUUCGUCUACCUUCGAUUUUUCCAGCAUCUGCAGUUCCUUCUUACACACUGCCGUGCUUCAAAGUGACUCUGUAAUACUGGCUAUGAAUUUGAUGCAAGGAACUUGACGGGGCAUUUCUAGAAUGGACCCUGCAGUGCAGGCUGGUUGCAAACUUUCACAUUUUUAAUUUUGUAGCAAAAUAAAUCCCAAAUAAAAGUUGACGCUAAAAAAAUGAGUAAACUGUGCAAACAAGUGGCUCCACAUGCAGGGAAUGGAGGAUAUUGAUCACGUGCAGGCAGAUAUGAUAUGAUACGAUAGAACUUUAUUGAUCCCAGGAAGGAAUUUUGUUUCAUUGGAAAUCAAUCAUUGAUGCCAUUAGUUUUUCGGCAUCAUGUUGGGCACGGACAUUGUGGGCUGAAGGGCCAGUUUCCUGUACUAUACUGUUUCUAUAAUGUUUGUUUUAUAAAGUAUAGAGUUGACUGUACUACGGGACACUAGACCCACCAUGUCCAUAUUGCUUGGAUAAUCUAGGUCUGUCUUCACUUCCCCACUCUCCCUUGUGGCCUGGGGCUCAUAUGUCCCUACACUGAUAUACUUGCCUUAAAACUCUAUCCUCAUAAUAAUGCUCUUAUAAAUUGGUUCUUUGAUCAAGCCUUUAAGGGUCUGUCUCACUUGGGUGUCAUUUGCGCAUCCCAAAAAUCCCAAAAUCCUGGCACGCCGCGCGCGACUUUGCCUACGACACCGCGCAUCACGUGCAGGUCGUGACGCGUAAAUGAUGUACAAAUGUCGCCCAAGUGGGACAGGCCCUUUAAUCCCUUGUUUGGGUAUCUCCUAGAGUAUUUAUUGCUGUUUGUACCAGCAUGUGAAUCACUCCUGGGAUGUUUCACUGCAUUGAGGUGCAGUAAUGCUUAAGAUGAACAUUUCUUUCUCAACUAUUUCCUUGCUCCAACUGUUCUAGAUGUCUCCCAACACCUCCUCACCAUUCCCUUCUCUUGAAAUGUGUUCAUAAUUAAAAUCGUGCUGUUUGAUAAACCAUAUUUUAAAAUUUAGAUUACCUGUCAGCUGUUCAUGACAGCAUCACCAAAUACAUCGAGCAAGUCAUGGAGCCACUAAAGCUAUGUAUCAGGUGAGAUAUUUUUGUUAUCUCCUCUGGCAUUAAGCUGCAACUGAGCUGAGUCUGCAGAAUGAUUUAGAGAGAGCCUUUAACCUGACCAAUUUGUGGAAAAGUUGCGGCUGUGGAUAUGGAUUCUCAUCGCAUUGAUUAAUGGAUACGAAUGGUUCACAGUGAUCUGUAUAUGGUCUAUUAAAAUGAUUUAUUGAUGGGGUAUUUGUGAAGAGGCUCGGCCAAAUGAAGGUGGCCCAAUACUGGUUGAAGUCUGGUUUUCACUUGCGUGAAGAAGCAAAAUAGAAAUGCCCACUAAAUGCAAACUACAACAAGUUCGAGCUGUACUAAAUGUAGCAGAUAGUGGAAAACCACUUUAAAAACAUAGAAACAUAGAAAUUAGGUGCAGGAGUAGGCCAUUCGGCCCUUCGAGCCUGCACCGCCAUUCAAUAUGAUCAUGGCUGAUCAUCCAACUCAGUAUCCCGUACCUGCCUUCUCUCCAUACCCCCUGAUCCCCUUAGCCACAAGGGCCACAUCUAACUCCCUCUUAAAUAUAGCCAAUGAACUGUGGCCUCAACUACCCUCUGUGGCAGAGAGUUCCAGAGAUUCACCACUCUCUGUGUGAAAAAAGUUCUUCUCAUCUCGGUUUUAAAGGAUUUCCCCCUUAUCCUUAAGCUGUGACCCCUUGUCCUGGACUUCCCCAACAUCGGGAACAAUCUUCCUGCAUCUAGCCUGUCCAACCCCUUAAGAAUUUUGUAAGUUUCUAUAAGAUCCCCUCUCAAUCUUCUAAAUUCUAGAGAGUAUAAACCAAGUCUAUCCAGUCUUUCUUCAUAAGACAGUCCUGACAUCCCAGGAAUCAGUCUGGUGAACCGUCUCUGCACUCCCUCUAUGGCAAUAAUGUCCUUCCUCAGAUUUGGAGACCAAAAUGCUUACAAUUGCUACAAAAACAAAAUGCUUACAAUUGUUGAAAAUGAUGAAGAAUCAUUCGGCUGCAGAAGCUUUACUGCUUUUUCUUCAUUGAGAUCGAUCCUACAUCAAGGACUUUACACCAGACUUUAUCUCCCUACACAAAAAUACUGGAGAAACUCAGCGGGUGCAGCAGCAUCGAUGGAGCCAAGGAAAUUGGCAACGUUUCAGGCCGAAACCCAAAGGAAAUAGGCAACGUUUCGGGUCGAAACCCAAAGGGUUUCGACCCGAAACGUUGCCUAUUUCCUUCGCUCCAUCGAUGCUGCUGCACCUGCUGAGUUUCUCCAGCAUUUUUGUCUACCUUCGAUUUUCCAGCAUCUGCAGUUCCUUCGUAAACACAUUAUCUCCCUCCCUCGUUUCCCAUGGGGUCAUCGAUUCCCUAGAGUCCACUCGCACUGAUUUGUUUUGCCUGUAACUUUUUAUGCAAAGUGCUUUGUGUGUCUCUCUGCCUCUCUGACCUCUGUAAGAUGUUGUCUGAUCUGUUCCUUAAUCCCUGCCCAUCAGGUUGCUAUUCCUUACCUCAGAGUUGACCCUGCAAUAGGGCUUUAGAAAUAGGUUUCCUUAAGCCGAUUUGACACACUCCCCCGGUGAUUAAUAGAGAGUCGUGCAUUGUAUUUAUCAUACGGGAUGUGCGGAAAUUGCACGGCUUUAUCAGUUUUUUACUUGCAUCAUUUCUUUGCACUUUGUGUAUUUUGUAAGGGGAAAUUUCAGAACAAUACACUUUGCAUUGACAGAUUGCCCACCAUGUGUAUUGCUGUAUUCAGCACUAGUAUCGCUGAAACAAAGUUUGCAGCAGGGCUUUGAAACUGGGUGUCGGAACGAGGCGACACACCACCCUGAUGAGCUGUGAAGCUCACCAAAAGGUCAGUCAGCCUAUAGGGCCUGUCUCACUUGGUUACCGCCGGCAUCAUUAACUGACAUAGAAACAUAGAAAUUAGGUGCAGGAGUAGGCCAUUCGGCCCUUCGAGCCUGCACCGCCAUUCAAUAUGAUCAUGGCUGAUCAUCCAACUCAGUAUCCCAUCCCUGCCUUCUCUCCAUACCCCCUGAUCCCCUUAGCCACAAGGGCCACAUCUAACUCCCUCUUAAAUAUAGCCAAUGAACUGUGGCCUCAACUACCCUCUGUGGCAGAGAGUUCCAGAGAUUCACCACUCUCUGUGUGAAAAAAGUUCUUCUCAUCUCGGUUUUAAAGGAUUUCCCCCUCAUCCUUAAGCUGUGACCCCUUGUCCUGGACUUCCCCAACAUCGGGAACAAUCUUCCUGCAUCUAGCCUGUCCAACCCCUUAAGAAUUUUGUAAGUUUCUAUAAGAUCCCCUCUCAGUCUCCUAAAUUCUAGAGAGUACAAACCAAGUCUAUCCAGUCUUUCUUCAUAAGACAGUCCUGACAUCCCAGGAAUCAGUCUGGUGAACCGUCUCUGCACUCCCUCUAUGGCAAUAAUGUCAUUCCUCAGAUUUGGAGACAAAAACUGUACGCAAUACUCCAGGUGUGGUCUCACCAAGACCCUGUACAACUGUAGUAGAACCUGCAUGCAUACAUUCAAUGACUGGUGUACCAUGACACCCAGAUCUCGCUGCAUCUCCCAUCAGUCCACCAGGUAAAAUUCGCGGCAUGAUGACGUAUUGACGCGCGCCGUUUUUUCAAGUGUCGUAACAUUCUUUUUGUCGCCACCGCAGGAUGUUGAAAUGUUCGAAAUCGUUUGGCGACAUUGAUAUGACGCUGGCAGUCGCGGAAAUAAAACAAAACGGCAAGUGCAACAGGCCCUUGAGGGUUUCUGCGGACAGGCACAAAAUGCUGGCGUAACUCAGCGGGACUGGCAGCAUCUCUGGAGAGUGGGUGACGCGCCCAUUCCUUCUCUCUACAGAUGCUGCCAGUUCCGCUGAGUUACUCCAGCAUUUUGUGUCUAUCUUGGGUUUAUAUCAGCUUCUGCAGUUCCUUCCUGCGCUGGGUUUCUGUGGAUUGGAUUUGCAUCUCCUCUGUAUCUUAGUGGUAUAUUGGGAGCUUUUUGGUCAUUGUAUUUGGCAGCUGAAGAUCAGAGCAGCAGAGAGCAAAGGGAGUUGUUCUGUUGUAGGUUAAACAAAGCUCUGAAUUCUGCCUACAAUCCCCUUUUCUGGUUAUUUUAAACUCUGGCACAGUUUUUUUCUUUUACUUUAAUUUAGAUAUAUUUCAAGAUCUUGAACUUGUUUGGGCGGGGAGUUUAACAUCCAGGUCACUUUUUUUUUAGAAAGAAUUGCAAUAACCUAGCCGUGGUAUUUCACAUCCCAUGGUAGAGUUUUCCUUUCCUGGGUCAGAAUUGUGGGAUGGAGCCCAGGAGGUUCGUUCAAUGUUUCCACUUGAUUAAGGGCCUGUCCCACUUGGGUGUCAUUUGCGCGUCAUUAACAAGGCAUCCUAAAAAUUGGUUGGCGCGCCUUGCACACGCUGACGUACUGAUGGCGCACGCUGGCAUACUGACGGCGUACGUGUAAGCGGGUGGUGACGUAUAGUGACGCACGAACAUUGCCUAUGCUAAUUUAUUGAGCGUCGCCGGGCGUCAACGUCCGUAACCAUGCUCCGCCCGUACGCCAUCGGCGCGUCAUUUGAGCGCCGCACCACGUGACCACCCAGGUAUAAAGCGCGCGUGGUCUUGAAAAAUUUCCACCAUAAUAUCUUUGAUUUUCACUGGGAAAUCCUUGCCACGGAGAUCGGACUAAGUACGAAUGACAUUGCAAAUGGCUGCCGAAAGAAGUAGGGCCCUCAAGACCAGCCUGUCGCGUAAAUGAUGCGCAAAUGACGCCCAAGUGGGGCGGGCCCUUUAGUUUUCCCUUGUACUGGACUGACCUGCUAAUGUAAAAUCCCCACCACCUUGAUCUCUUUGUCACACCCGUGGAUAUUUCAUGCUACAGAAAAGUGGAUGUAAACCACAAACCUCAGAGGUUGAAUGAAUUAUGUUUCUUUUGUUGAUGGCAGAGACUAAAGAUUGAUUUAAAAAAAAAAAAAUUUAAGACGCUUUAUUUCUUCGUGAUGUCGGGGAGGGGAGAAGGGAAAGACUGUAACGUUCAUGGAAUCAUGAUAUCUUAACUUAUUGAAAUAUUUUCCAUUGUGCAGUUUACAAAUUAUUUCAUUAAUAAAGCUUAAAAGAUGCAGCAAAAA